CCGAAGGUGGCUCCCCUUCUUGUUCGGGUGGCGCUCGGCGGUCGUCGUCACUGGCCUACUAGCUGCCACUGAUCCUUUUCCCCCUUCCUGUUGAUUGGUUUCACCUGUGUUGUGUUUAGGCUGAUUAGUCGGGCUAUAAUUACCCAGAUCGUUACAGACAGGCGCAGGAAUACGUAAUAUAUGGUUUUAUUACUCCACCCAAAAUACAACAUGUCAUGAAAAAAGGCAGGGAGACAAAGCCCAAAACAAACACAUAUAUAAAAUACACUGGGAUGUAACCCAAACAAAAGAGUGAGGUUUAAACCUCUAAACAUCAGCAUCCUGGUGUCGCCUCUUCACUGUUGAUGUUGAGACUGGUGUUUUGCGGGUGCUAUUUCAUGAAGCUGCCAGUUGAGGACUUGUGAGGCGUCUGUUUUUAAACUAGACACUCUAAUGUAUUUGUCCUCUUGCUCAGGUGUUCUCUGGGGCCUCCCACUCCUCUUUCUAUUCUGGUUAGAGCCAGUUUGCUCUGUUCUGUGAAGGGAGUAGUACACAGCGUUGUACGAGAUCUUCAGUUUCUUGACAAUUUCUCGACAUGGAAUAGCCUUCAUUUCUCAGAACAAGAAUAGACUGACGAGUUUCAAAAUAAAGUUCUAUGUUUCUGGCCAUUUUGAUCCUGUAAUCGAACCCACAAAUGCUGAUGCUCCAGAUACUCAACUCAAAGGCCAGUUUUAUUGCCUCUUUAAUCAGGGCAACUAUUUUCAGCUGCGCUAACAUAAUUGCAAAAGGGUUUUCUAAUGAUCAAUUAGCCUUUUAAAAUGAUAAACUUGGAUUAGUUUACACAACGUGCCAUUGGAAUACAGGAGUGAUGGUUGCUGAUAAUGGGUCUCUGAAUGCCUAUGUAGAUAUUCCAUUAAUAAAUCUGCCGUUUCCAGCUACAAUAGUCAUUUACAACAUUAACAAUGUCUACACUGUAUUUCUGAUCAAUUUGAUGCUAUUUUAAUGGACAAAAAAAUAGAUUUUCUUUAAAAAACAAGGACAUUUCCAAGUGACCCCAAAGUUUUGAACGGUAGGGGAUGUGUAUUUGUACGUAUCUAUUUGUAUGUGUAUAUGUAUGCAUAUUUAUAUUUAAAUAUGUGGGUAUGUGUAUGUACAGUUGAAGUCAGAAGUUUACAUACACCUUAGCCAAAUGCAUUUAAACUCAGUUUUUCACAAUUCCUGACAUUUAAUCCAAGUAAAAAUUCUGUGUCUUAGGUCAGUUAGGAUCACCACGAUAUUUUAAGAAUGUGAAAUGUCAGAAUAAUAGCAGAGAGAAUAAAUUAUUUCAGCUUUGAUUUAUUUCACCACAUUCCCAUUGGAUCAGAGGUUUAUAUACAUUCAAUUAGUAUUUGGUAUCAUUGCCUUUAAAUUGUUUAACUUGGGUCAAACGUUUCGGGUAGCCUUCCACAAGCUUCCCACAAUAAGUUGGGUGCAUUUUGGCCCAUUCCUCCUGACAGGGCUGGUGUAACUGAGUAAGGUUUGUAGGCCUCAUAGCUCGCUCACGCUUUUUCAGUUCUGCCGACAAAUGUUCUAUAGGAUUGAGGUCAGGGCUUUGUGAUAGCCACUCCAAUACCUUGACUUUGUUGUCCUUGAGCCAUUUUGCCACAAAUUUGGAAGUAUGCUUGCGGUAAUUGUCCAUUUAGAAGACCCAUUUGCGACCAAGCUUUAACUUUCUGACAGAUGUCUUGAGAUGUUGCUUCAAUAUAUCGACAUCAUUUUCCUCCUCGUGAUGCUAUCUAUUUUGUGAAGUGCACCAGUCCCUCCUGCACAAAGCACCCCCACAACAUGAUGCUGCCACCCCCGUGCUUCACGGUUAGGAUUGUGUUCUUCGGCUUGCAAGCCUCCACCUUUUUCCUCCAAACACAACGGCCAAACAGUUCUAUUUUUGUUUCAUCAGACCAGAGGACAUUUCUCCAAAAAGUACGAUCUUUGUUCCCAUGUGCAGUUGCAAACAGUAGUCUGUAUUUUUUAUGGCGUUUUUUGAGCAGUGGCUUCUUCCUUGCUGAGCACCUUUCAGGUUAUGUUGAUAUAUGGCUCGUUUUACUGUGGAUAUAGAUACUUUUGUACCUGUUUCCCAUAGCAUCUUCACAAGGUCCUUUGUAGUUGUUCUGGGAAUGAUUUGCACUUUUCGCACCAAAGUAUGUUGAUCUCUAGGAGACAGAAUGCGUCUCCUUCCUGACUGGUAUGACUGCUGCGUGGUCCCAUGGUGUUUAUACUUGCAUACUAUUGUUUGUACAGAUAAACGUGGUAUCUUCAGGCAUUUGGAAAUUGCUCCCAAGAAUGAACCAGUCUUGCGGAGGUCUACAAUUUUUAUUUCUGAGGUAUUGGCUGAUUUCUUUUGAUUUUCCCAUGAUGUCAAGCAAAGAGGCACUUAGUUUGAAGGUAGGCCUUGAAAUACAUCCACAGGUACAUCUCCAAUUGACUCUAAUUAUGUCAAUUAACCUAUCAGAAGCUUCUAAAGCCAUGACAUCAUUUUCUGGAAUUUUCCAAAACAGUAAUUAUAAGUGAAAUAAUCUGUCUGUAAAACAAUUGUUGGAAAAAUUACUUGUGUCAUGCACAAAGUAGAUGUCCUAACCGACUUGCCAAAACUGUAGUUUGCUAACACAAAAUUUGUGGAGUGGUUGAAAAACCAGUUUUAAUGACUCUCACCUAAGUGUAUGCACACUUCUGACUUGAACUGUAUAUAUAUAUAAAUAUAUAUAUAUAUAUAUAUAUUUACCCCCAAAAUAUAGGGGAUUGGAAAUUAUGUUGACAACUUCCAUUGAUGGAAGCGACAAUCUAUCUGCAACAUUAAAGCUGAUCCACCCCCUACAUGUUUUUUUUCAAAAAUGUAAAUUCCAUUAUUUAAAAAGAAUGUAUAAUAACAUGAAAAAAAGAAGGGUUAUUUUCUUUCUAUUUUCUUCCCAUUAAUUUUUGCUCUGUCAUCUCAUCCUUUUCUAAAUAUCUUUAUUGAAGAGAUUAUUGUUUUCACUCAACUUUUUAAUUACGUUGUAAUUACAUAAUCAUAAAUCAUUAUUUUGACACAUCACCCCCACCUCAGACAUUCUCCCUUCAGACAUUCUCCCACAAACCCCCGAUUUGCCUUAUUACUAAUAUAAACUGAUUAUCAAAGUAAUUAGAGCAGUAAAAAUACAUGUUUUGUCAUACCCAUUUUAUACCGUCUGAUAUACCACGGCUGUCAACUAAUCAGCGUUCAGGGAUCGAACCACCCAGUUUAUAAUACAAAACAUUUCAUGGAAUAAUAAUGAUUUCAUAAUAUUUUCUUAUUCAAUAAUAAUUAUAUUUGGCUAUGUGAUAAUUUAGAAAAGACAGAAGAGAUACAGUCUUUUGAGGUAAUUUAAAUGUUCAAACAUGUAUUUUGGCUGCAGGGUAAGUCGAUUAUGUAACGAGAUUGUAUUCGCUUAUCUUCAGUUGGCCGCUUGGGCACGGGGCAUGUGGCGAGCAUGCCCUCAAGCAAGCACAGCACAUACGCACGGAAUUUAAGUAAAUAAAGAUACUACUUAUUCGUGGAGAAAAUAUUCUUCAAUAGAACGAAGGAAUGGAGUUCCCUGUGGACGGCCUGGCCAGCAUGACCCAAGAGGUCCUGGAGAGAUCAGCCCAGGACUACAUGAACAGCAUCCUCCACAGCAAUCCAGACUCACCUGCACAUCUCACCCUCGCCAACAACACACAGGUGCCCAUUGGGCUUUCCAAUGUGGGUUUCGUCCCUCUGUAUGGAGCCGACCUGAGACAGAAAGUCCUCGCCCUGUUCUCCCCACAGGACCAGUUUACAGCGGUGGGGCUGUACUUGUUGGAUCGAUGGUGGUCACUGGAGGACAUCCUAAAAACAGCAGACCCUGCCAGAGAUGGAUGUGUGGAGGUGGAGACUCUAGGGGAGAGGAUAGUCCUGUACAUUUUGAAUCGUGUGGUGUACAGAGCUAUGGAAAUGAGUUCAGACGAACUACCUUUCCUCUGCCACGGGGAGAGCGACAACGCCAAGAUCCUCUGGAAAGACGGACAGGCAGUCGGCUUCUACUCAGUCAAACCUUCAGGCAGCUUGUGCAGUACCUUCUUAACCCAGUGCUAUCAGCUUCCUAUCAUGGACUCCAUAUUCGUCAGGAAGUGUCACCGUGACAACGGCCUGGGCCUUCAAAUGCUGGAGAACUUUGUUGAAUGUUUCAAAGAGGACUGCCUUGGGUUGAGAUACCCCCUUUCAAAAGUUAUGUACAAAGUGUGUGGGAAGUACCUGAGCCUGUACCCGGCCGACAGAGACCUGCUGUGGGAGGUGGAGAGUGUUGGAAGACCCAGCCAGAGGACUAACAUAGCCAACAAGAUCCAGGCUAUGGGUCUGAGCUCCUUAUCCAAGUACCUCCCCUUUACGGAGCACUCUGUGGCGAACCGUGUGGGGGCUGAAAAUGAGGGGGUAAUGGAGAAAGUGACAUCACGCAUACAGGAAGCCAUGGAGUACACUGUUAAAAUUGUGGAGGACGUUACACUGGUCAAAGUGACAAAAGAGAAGGAAGAAACGCCGGUUACAACCAGAGGCAGGAGCAGUGGCCAGAAAUUCAAGAAUAUCUCGGAGGAAAGCAAAUCAGAGAAAGUCAUCAGGAUUGAGGAUAUUGAAGCAGAGGUGGAUACCCCAAAAGAGAAUCCAGUUUCAGAGCAUCAGCAAGAGAAUGAAAAAGUUGUUGCUGUAGCUGAAUGCGACGAAGAGGAGUUAGCUGAGGAUGUCGUUGACAUAGCCACAGAGGACAUAGCAAUUGAGCUUGAUAAUGUGUCCUCGGAGAUUGAGGAGGAGGAGGAGACGGAGGAGGUUCCAAAGGAGGUGGCAGGAACCAAUGAAGACAAAGAAGAGAACAAAGAAGAAACAGCCGAAGAAUCCUCGAAGGAGGGGAAAAAAAGAAGAGGCAGACCAAGAUCCACUCGUCUCACGAAACUUGUUGAGGCUGAGGAGGAGAGAGUGGAAGAGGAGCAGCCAGUAGUUGAGGAACUUGCUAAGGAAGAGGAGAAUAUCUCACCAGCUGAGGAGGAAGAGGCAGCUCCAGUGGUAGAAACAAGAGUCUUGAGGAGAGGAAGAAAAAGCGUUCCGCCUACCCUAACACCAAAAUGCAAGUUCACAAGAAGAGGCAAACUGCCUGAGGAAGAGAAGGCGGAAGAGCCAGAGGAGAAAGAGGCAGCUGAGGAAGAAGAGGCACCCGUAGUGGAAGCAAUAACUGAGGAAGAGGAAAAAUUGGAGGAAGAGAAGAAAGAGGUGGAAGCAGAAGAAGAAGAAGAAGAAACGGUAGAAAAACUAGCAGAGGUAGUUGAAGAGGCAGAAAAAGUGGAGGGGGAGGCAACAGCAGUGGAUAAUGUAGCAGAUGAACCAGUAGAAAAACCAGUUGAGGAAGAAGAGAAGACCACACCACCUGAGGAGGAAAAGGAGGCUCCAGUUGUAGAAACAAGAGUCCUGAGAAGAGGAAGAAAAAGUGUUCUAGUUACUACACCAAAAUGCAAGGCCACACGAAAAGGCAAACAACCUGCGAAAGUGGAGGCGCCAGAUGAAGAGUCAGCUGAGGAAGAAGAGGCACCAGUAGUAGAAGCCAGAGUUUUGAAGAAAGGAAGAAAAUCUACCCCUGCCAAACCCAGAUGCAAAUCCAAACAAAGCCACAAACAAUCCGAGGAAGAGGUAGAGGAGGUGGCUGAACCUGUGUUGGGUUCUGUGGAUAAAAUGGUAGAGAGAGAAAAAGAAGUGGAGGAAACAGCAGCAAUAGAGAAGGGAGAAAAAGUGGAGCAAGAUAAACCAGUGGAGAAGGAAAUGGCAGAGAAGGAGGUAGCUGUAAUAGUGGAAGAAGAAAUGGUGGAGGAAGAAGAGGAAACUGAAACGGCACCAGUGGGAGAGGAGAGUGUUGCAGAAGAAAAGGUGGAGGAGGAAGCAACAACUGGGGAAGAGGAAAAUGUGGAGAAAGAGAAGGAGAAACCCGAAGCUGAACCUGAAUCAACGGAAGAGGAGAAUGCUGCAGACGAAAAGGUGAAGGAGGUAGCAACAACUGAGGAAGAGGGGGAAGCGGAGAUAGUGGAGGAAGAACAAAUAGAGGAAGCUGAAGCUGCAGUUUCAGCUGAAACUCUUACUGUGGAAGAAAAGGUGGAGGAGGAAGCAAAAACCAUAGAGGAGGAAAAGGUGGAGGCAGCAACAACUGAGGAAGAGGUAAAAGUGGACGAAGAGAAGAAAGAGGAAACAGUUAUAGAAAAACUAGCAGAGGAAGUUGCUAUGGUAGAAGAGGCAGAAAACGUGAAGGAGAAAGAAGAGGCUAGAGAAGUGGAAUUUGUUGCAAAUGAAGUGGUAGAAAAUCCAGUUGAAGAAAAGAACACCUCACCAUCUGACGAAGAGGAGACCUCACCACCUGAAGAAGAUGCUCCAGUUGUAGAAACAAGAGUCCUUGGGAGAGGAAUAAAAAGGGUUCCUGCUGCUCUGACUCUGAAACGUAGGUCCACAAGAAAAGAUAAACAGCCUGAGGAAGAGAAGGUGGAGGAGCCAGAAGAGGAAGAGGAAGCUGAGGAAGAGAAGACCCCAUUAGAGGAAACCAGAAUCCUGAGGGUAGUAGGAAAAUCAGCCCCUGCUACUGCCACACCCAGACGCAAAUCCACACGAGCCCGCAAAGAACCUGAGGAAGAGGUGGUGGAGGCAGCUGAACCUGUGGCAGAAGCGGUGCAAGAAGAAAAAGCUGUGGAGGAGGAAAAAGGAGAGGAAGAAAAGGAAGAGGAAGCUGAAACUGCGCCAGUGGAAGAGGAGAGUGCUGCAGAAGAAAAGGUGGAAGCAGAAAAAGCAGAGGAAGAGGAAGGAACAAAUCAGGAAGAGGAAAAUGUGGAGGAAGAGAAGAAAGCACAAAUAGUGGAGGAAAAGGAGAAAGAGGAAGCUGCUGCUGAAGCUACAACUGUGGAAGAAGAGAGUGUUGCAGAGGAAAGGGUGGAGUAUGAAGCAGGUAUAAUAGAGGAAGAAGAUAUUGUGGAGGAAGAAAAGGAGUCAGCAGAUGAAGAAAAUAUUGAGGAAGCUACAGCUGUGGAAGAAAGAGUGGAGGCGGAAGCAAAACACGCAGAUAAAGAAAAUGUGGAAGAAGCAAUAACUGAGGAAGAGGAAAAAGUGGAGGAAGAGAAGAAAGAGGCAGAAAAAGAAAUGGGAGAAAAACUAGCAGAGGUAAUUGAAGAGGCAGAAAAAAUGGAGAGGGAGGCAACAGCAGUGGAGAAUGUAGCAGGUGAAGCAGUAGAAAAGCUAGUUGAGGAAGAAGAGAGAACCACAGCACCUCAGGAGGAAGAGGAGACCCCAGUUGUAGAAACAAGAGUCCUGAGAAGAGGAAGAAAAAGUGUUCCAGUUACUCCACCAAAACGCCAGUCCACACGAAAAGGCAAACAACCCGAGGAAAAUGAGAAAGUGGAGGCACCAGAUGAGGAAGAGGCAGCUGAGGAAGAAGAGGCAACAGUAGUGGAAGCCAGAGUUUUGAGGAAAGGAAGAAAAUCGGCCCCUGCCAAACCCAGAUGCAUAUCCAAACAAGGCAGCAAACAACCUGAGGAAGAGGUGGAGGAGGAAAAGGUAGAGGAGGUUGCUGAACCUAUGCUGGAUUAUGUAAAGAAAAGGGAGGAGAGAGAAAAAGCUGUGGAGAAGGAAAUGGCAGAGGAAGCAACUGCAGCAAUAGAGGAGGAAGAAAAAGUGGAGCAAGAAAAACCAGUGGAGAAGGAAAUGGCAGAGGAAGCAACUGAAAUAAUGGAAGAUGAAAUGGUGGAUGAAGAGGAAGAGGAAAGUGAAUUUGCAGCUGAACCUGAAUCAGUGAAAGAGGAUAGUGUUGCAGAAGAAAGGGGGGAGGAGGUAGCAACAACCGAGGAAGAGGAAAAGAUGAAGGAAGAGAAAAAAACGGAGAUAGUGGAAGAGGAAAAAAUUGAGGAAACUGAAGCUGCAGUUGCAGCUGAAACUAUUACUGUGGAAGAAAAGGUUGAAGAGGAAGCAAAAAACAUAGAGGAAGAAAAGGUGGAUGAAGCAACAACUGAAGAGGAAAAAGUGGAUGAAGAGAAGAAAGAGGAAACAGUUUUUGAAAUAGCUAUAGAAAAACUAGCAGAGGAAGUUGCUAUGAUAGGAGAGGCAGAAAAAGCGGAGAAAGAAGAGGCACGAGUAGUGGAAUAUGUUGCAGAUGAAGUGGUAGAAAAGCCAUUUGAGGAAGAGAAGAAGACGUCACCACCAGAGGAGAAGGAGGAAGCGGAGCCUCCAGUUGUAGAAACAAGAGUCCUGAGGAGAGGAAGAAAAAGUGUUCAUGCUACUCCGACUCCAAAACGCAAGUCCACACGAAGAGGCAAACAACCCGAUGAAGUAGAAAAGGAGGAUGAGCCAGAAGAGGAAAAUGGAUAUAAAAAAGAGCCACCAGUAGUGGAAGCCAGAGUUCAGAGUAGAGAAAGAAAAUCUGCCCCGACACCCAGACACAAAUCCAAACGAGCCCGCAGAGAACCUGGGGAGGAAGAAAAGGUAGAAGAGACAGCUGAACCUGUGCCUGAAGCUGUAGAGGAAAAGGUGGAGGAGGAAAAGGUAAAUGAAGCUGUAGCUGAAACUGCUACUGUGGAUGAAAAGGUUGAGGAGGCAGAAGCGAUAGAGGAAGAACAUGUGGAGGAAGCAACAACUGAGGAAGAGGAAAAUGUAGAGGAGGAGAAGGAAGCAGAAGCUGCACCUGAAACUUCACCAGUGAAAGACGAGACAGUGGCAAAAGAAAAUAUUGAGGAGGAAAUUAAAUCUGUAGAGGAAGAAACCGGCGUUGAAGCAACAGUUGAGGAAGAAGAAACAGUGGAAGAAACAACAACUGAGGUGACUGUGGUAGAAGAGUCAGAAAAAGUGGAGGAGGCAACAGAGGUGGAAAGUGUAGCAGAGGAAGUAGUGGAAAAGCCGGUUGAGGAUGAGGAGAAAGCCUUACCACCCGAGGAAGAAGAGGGUAAAGUUGUAGAAACAAGAUUCCUGAGGAGAGGAAGAAAAAGCGUUUCUGUUACUCCUCCAAAAUGCAAGUCCACGCGAAGAGGCAAAGAAGCCGAGGAAGAGGAGAAGGAGAAGACAGGAAAGAUUGAGGAGAUGGAUGAAUUUGUGCAGGAAGCUGUGGAGGAAAAUGUGGAGGAGGAGGAAGAAGAGGCACUGGUAGUAGGAGCCAACAUUCUGAGGAGAGGAAGAAAAUCUGCUCCUGCCACACCCAGAUGCAACUCCAAACAAGCUUGCAAAGAACCUGAGGAAGAGGAAGUAAAGGGGAUUGAAAAGAUGGAGGAGGCAGCUGAACCUGUGCCAGAAGCUGUGGAGGAAGGAAAAGCAGUGGAGGAGGAAAUGGUAGAACAGAAUAAGAUGGAGGCAGAUGUUGCGAUGGUAGAGGACGAAGGAAACACUGAAGUACAAGCAGACAGUGGUGCUCCUGAGGCAAAAGAAGAAGCAAUCACACAUCAGCCAGAGGAGGUUAUGGCAGAGCAAACCAAGGAGAAGGAAGAAGAGGAGAACACAGAGGAGAAAACUACAGAAACAUCAAAAGAGGCAGCUGAAGUAGAAACAGCUGAAGCGGUAGAUGAGGUGGAAGAAGAGGUUGAUAAGGUAAUGGCAGAAGAGGCAAGCGUAGUAGAAGAGGAGGAAGUGGCCUCAGUGGCUGAGAGUGGUGUCAAGCCUGAGGAAAAUGGAACAGAGAAGGAGAAGAAGGAAGAAGAAACUAUUGAGGAGAAUGGUAUGGAAAAUGUAGAGAGCGGUGAGACAGAGGCAGAGGAUGGAGUCGGGGUCAAGGUGGACAACCUUAAUUUACAGUUGGCAGAAGACGAUGAGGAGGAGGAGAAAGAGGAGGGGGAGAAGAUGGAGGUAGAGGAAAAGAGAGCUGCUCCAACUCAGAAGGAAGAGCUGAAGAGCUCUGCGGAAGAGGAGGCUCCAGUGGUUUUAACGAGAGUUCUGAGAGUGAGGUUAACUGCCACACCCACAACCACACCCAACUCCAAGGCCACGCCCCAGCGUAAAUCCACAAGACACAGCAAAAUAGUAACACCUGAGAAGUUCGAUCCUGAGGUGGUCCUGCUUUCAUCAGAUCAAGAGCAGGAAGAAAGCCUUGUGGAAAAGAGACAUCUACGUAAGAGAAAAAGCACAGGUCCAACACCUGUUCACAGAUCCAAGUGCCACAGCAGAACUUAGGCUGUGAAGACAGGUAUUUUUGUUCUCCUCUUUAAAUAUACAGCUAUAGAGGAAAGAUUUCACAUGGGACCAGAUCAUUUCCUUUUAUCUAUUUGUCAGAAGAAGAAAGAAAUUGAAAAAAUGCUUCCUGUUUUUAUGUAAUUUUCCGAGUCGAUAUGCUGCAUAUUUAAUACAUUUUUAUAUUGUACGUACAUUUAGCAUUUUAAGUACAAAUCUGUUUACUAUUUUUUCAAAUUGCAGCUGUCAUUUUGACCUUAGUGGCGGGUAACGCAAUGUGUUUCAGUAGGCUGGGAGGCUUUGGUUUUCUGAUAAAUGUAUAGUAUUUUUAGGUCGAACAGUUUUUAACUGUUUCUGUUGCAGUUUCUAACCGCACAAAUGAUUCUAUACAAUUUUUUUGUAAUCACAAUUUAAACAUGAUCUUCUAAGAUAGCAUUUAUUCUCUCAAAAUACUACAGGGUGUAUUUCAGCAUACCAUAAUUCCAAACGGUGUCCCCUCAAGUAUAACUCAACAACUCUAUAAAUAAAUACAUAUAUUUUUUUACGUAUGAAUUUAGUUACACUUAUUGUCAUUAAGAGACAUCUGAUUUUGUUAGUCAGUCUCACUCAGAUAUAAUAUUAAAACCUGCAACCAUUUCUCUCCACCCUAUGGAAAAAUGUGUAUAAUUGCAGGAAAUUAGUUAUAAAAAUGCUCAAUCUUUUAUCUGUCGAAUUGCAAAAUCUGUAGAAUUGCAGCAAACUUGUUUUAAAACUGCAACAUUUUCUCUACACCCAUGGCAAAAUGUGUAGAAUUGCUCUAAAUUAACUGAAUUACGUAUGCACAAAUGGGUACGCAGACCCAUGAGCAACUGCGGCACCUUAUUAGUUCAGAUUUUUUGUGGCCCCCACCCUCAUCAAAGUUACCCAUCUCUGAUAUAAAUGCUAUUACAUUAAAUAUGUAAUAUGACACAAAUAUGAUCAUUUGUGUGUUUCAAAAGUGUAAAAUAUGUCCUAUUUUAUUAAGGGAAUAAUGCAUUAAGCAAGUUUUAUUUUUAUUUUACUGCACAUUUGAGUGACAUUUCUCUUUGACAUUUUUUAUGCUCUGACCAAAGUAAGCUGUUUUUCUCAGUGUUGUUUGGGGCAUGAUAGUGACUAGGGUGGGUCAUCUAGGUGUUUGUAUGUCUAUUUUGGCCUGAUAUGGUACCCAAUAAGAGACAGCUGUUUAUCGUUGUCUCUGAUUGGGGAUCAUAUUUAGGUAGCCAUUUCCCCAUUGUUAGUUGUGGGAUCUUGACUAUGUGUAGUUGCCUAGCAGCACUAUUGUAUAGCGUCACCUGUCGCUUGUUAUUUUGUUUGUUUGUUUUUUCGGUGUUCAAUUAUUUUAAUAAAGAGAAUGCACGCUG